CUUCACAACCAAUCUCCUAUUCUCAACUUUUAACAAGAUUUUCAAUUUAACUCGAUAAUCUCAAGGUCGCCGGUCCUUUCAAAACGUUGCUUCUUCAGCAUUCAUUCAAUCAUCAUCAACCUCUCUGAUCUAAGUACCAUCAACUUUCAACCUUCAAAAUCUCACAAUCACACAAAAUGGCAAACAAUCACCAUCGAUCAAUUUCACCCCUAUCUGCUUCAGUAGUCUCGACUGCUUCUAGUGCUCUACGUUAUCCUCGUUCAGCUCUUGGAUACCGAUUCUCUACCCUCUGUACUACUGUCGAUAAUCCUGACGCUGAUCAUAAAGAUCGUCACGGAUCAUCUAGUGUACCAAUCUAUCAAACUGCUACUUUUAAAGGUAUGGGAGGAGCUUACGAUUACAGUCGAAGUGGGAAUCCCAGUCGUACUUUUCUUGAACACCAUAUUGCCAAAAUCUCAGGAGCUAAACAUGCUUUUGCAGUCACAUCUGGAAUGGGAGCUCUAGAUAUAAUCUUUAGAACAUUAAAACCAGGAGAUGAAAUCAUAGCAGGAAAUGACUUGUAUGGAGGCUCUAAUCGAUUAUUAACCUAUUUAAAAGAACAUGGAGGAAUUAUUACACAUCAUCUUGAUACCACUAAAAUCGAAACGAUUCAACCAUUCUUGAAAUCAGAUAGUAAAGUGAAAAUCGUCUUACUCGAAAGUCCAACCAAUCCUUUAUUACAGAUUGUAGAUAUAGAAGAAAUUUCAAAACAAGUUAAAGCAGUGAUGCCCAAUACAUUAAUAGUAGUAGAUAAUACGAUGAUGUCACCUUAUUUAAUGAGACCAUUGGAAUUCGGUGCAGAUCUUGUUUAUGAUUCAGGUACUAAAUAUUUAAGUGGUCAUCAUGAUUUAAUGGCAGGUUUAGUGAUUUGUAAUUCAGAUGAACUUGCACGACAAAUCGGAUUUGUGAUCAAUAGUAUUGGAAACGGUUUAGCACCUUUUGAUUGUUUUUUAUUAUUAAGAGGUGUUAAGACUUUGGCCAUCCGAUUAGAUCGUCAACAAGCUAGUGCGAUCAGAGUAGCUCAUUAUUUAAAUCAGUUAGGUUUCAAGGUUAAUUAUCCUGGACUUCCAAAUCAUCGUGGAAAAGAUAUUCAUGAUCGAUUGGCUAAGGGUCCGGGUGCUGUUCUUAGUUUUGAAACUGGUGAUAAAGAGUUGAGUGAAAAGAUUGUUAGUUCGGCUAGGUUAUGGGGUAUUAGUGUUAGUUUUGGAUGUGUGAAUAGUUUGAUCAGUAUGCCAUGUCUCAUGUCUCACGCUUCUAUCGACCCAGCCGUUCGAGCAGCACGUAAUUUACCCGAGGACUUGAUUCGACUCUGUGUUGGAAUAGAAGAUUGUGAUGAUCUUCUAGAAGAUCUUGAAUCGGCCUUAAUAGAAGCUGGAGCGAUCCGAACGAUUGAUGAAUCAGCAGUCGGUACUGGUUUGGAAAGAGUGAUGAACCGAAGUGAUUCGAUUGAAUCCCAAACCGGAUCCCAAAUCGUGAAUGCUGAUGAAGAAGGACCAGCACAAGCCGCAGUAUCUUCUCUUCUCCGUUUGGCUCCUUCUACCAUCCUUGUUUCUGCUCCUGGUAAAAUCAUCCUUUUUGGUGAACAUGCAGUAGUAUACGAGAAAAAAGCAUUAGCAGCAGCUAUAGAUUUGAAGUGUUAUUGUUUAGUUGAACCAUUAGAAGAAGAAGAAGAUCAAGUUAAACUCGUCUUACCUGAUUCAAAUUUAACGAUUUCUUGGAACUUGAAUCAAUUACCAUGGCAAUCAGUUCCAAAGCUUAAUGGAACGGGUGAAUUGAAAGUGGACAAACAACUUUCUGAAGCUAUACUUCAACUUGUGAAAGAAAAAGUAGAGAAACCUAAUUUAGUUGAAGCGGCUCAUGCUUUUCUUUAUCUGUUUGUACAUCUAGCCGUUUCUGAGAAACGACGUGCACAAGUGUAUACCGUUCGUUCAGCUUUACCCAUUGGUGCAGGAUUAGGUUCAUCAGCAGCAUACUCAGUUUCAUUAUCAACUGCAUUACUCUACACUCAUGCCCAUCUCCAAGUACCAACCUCUGCCUGUAUUGACACGGCUUCAGCAGCUAUGAUCAAUCAAUGGGCAUUCCUAGGAGAGAAAAUCUUACAUGGAAACCCAUCAGGAGUCGAUAAUACAGUUUCGACGUAUGGAGGAGCGAUCGGAUAUAGAAAAGGACCCGAAGGAUGUCAAGAAAGAUUAAAUGGAUUUAAAGCAUUAGGUUUUUUAGUCACUGAUACUCAAAUCAGUCGAGAUACAAAAGCAUUAGUGAAAUCAGUGGGAGAUCGUAAAGUACAAGAACCUGAUUAUAUUACAUCAAUUUUACAAGAAAUCGAUCAAAUCACUCAUCUAGCUGAAGAAAUCCUUUUAGAUGAAAAAGAGAUUGAAAAAUCUGAAGAUGGCUUAGGUGGAUUGAUGGUGAAGUGUCAUGAGUUAUUAGUUUCACUUGGGGUUGGUCAUCAGGCUUUAGAUCAGGUUUCUUUGGUUGGUAAACGGUUUGGUUUGAAGAGCAAAUUAACGGGUGCAGGUGGUGGUGGUUGUGCUAUUACUCUUUUACCCUCUGCGUUUUCUAAGACAGAUGAAGUGAUGAAUGAAUUAAAUCAAAACGGAUUUAAAGCUUAUCGUACUAAAGUAGGAGGUAGAGGUGUUGGAAUUAAAGUUGAUCGAAUUUUGACUCGUCAAGAAGAUUUCAUGAAGAAGAGCGAUGAAAGAUUAAAGAUUGAUGUACUUGAAGGCAAAGGAGAGGAUUGGUUCUUUGUGAAUUGAUUUAAUUUGUUUGGGGACAAAAUAGAUCUAAGAUUAGAUUUUGAACUUCAAACAUGAAGGGUUUUUAGAAAAAAGAAGGAUCAUGAUUUGUUUUUUUUGUAUUGUUUAGAGAAGGAAUUGAUAGGUUUAUGACUUGAUGUUUUAUGAACUUAUCAUUUUGAUGAUGAUCAUGAUCAUGAUGCAAUUAGAGUUUUUUGGUUUGAGG